GUGAUACCUAAAGUUGGCAGCUGCAGAAAUUCAAAAUAUUGACGAACACUUCAACAAGUAUCAUCGUAUCUCGUGUUAGUAAGGACGAUGAAGGCUUAGUCCAGGAUACAGUAAUCUUGAUCCCUUUCCUCUCAGAUGAGUUUAUGCUGUACAAGUUAACAUCACUGAAGCUGCCUGAGUCACAACUGGUGAAACAGGAACAGUUACAAUACACUAUGCUGAUAAACUAUUAGAGUUAUACCCAUAGGGGACAAUUUGGAUCCAUUCAGGACACUUGGAGAAGAGGAUUGGUCACAACUUCUGCUUGAUUCUGUUUGAAAAACAUAUGAUGAUGACCCUACAGGAAGAUGAAUGAAAGUUUGUAAAGUUGUGAACCUGCAUAUGACUGUUUAUGAAACAAAACAGAUAUAACCAAAGACAGACAUGUUAGUGGAUAAAUAGGCUAAGUCCUGUUUGAGAAUCAAACCUGUGUAAUCUCAAUUUUAUGUGUGAUGCUUCACCACCUAAAUUGCCAAUGCCUAGUGUAGAAUAGGUUGCUUCUUUGGGAUCUGACACUAUAUAGCUGAUAACUGAAUCAUUGUCACUACCUAAAUAGGACUCAAGACUUAUUUUGCCAAACAAGACUUGUGCCAGUUCAAAAUAUGUGAGAAAGGUUAAAUCAAGUGUGUAUUUUGUAAAAUAUUUUUACAAAUUUGUAACACUUACACAGACUUUGGGCAAGCUAAUAACUACUCAAUCUUAUUUUUUACUUCUAAAAUUGAAAAUGAGUAACAUAUACAUUCAGGAGCCUCCAACAAAUGGGAAGGUUUUAGUUGUGACAUCAUGUGGUGAUAUAGACAUUGAAUUGUGGUCAAAGGAAACACCAAAAGCAGCUCGAAACUUUAUACAAUUAUGCUUAGAGGGUUAUUAUGAUGGAACCCUCUUUCACAGAGUUAUUCCUGACUUUAUUGUCCAAGGUGGUGACCCAACAGGCACAGGAGAAGGUGGCGAGUCAGUAUAUGGGAAACCAUUCAGGGAUGAGUUUCAUUCAAGGUUGAGGUUUGUUAGACGGGGCUUAGUUGCCAUGGCGAAUGCUGGACAACAUGAUAAUGCUAGCCAGUUCUUUUUCACACUUGGUGCAACUCCAGAGCUUAACAAUAAGCACACAAUAUUUGGAAAGGUUGGUGGUCAGACAGUGUAUAACAUGAUACGUUUGGCUGAGGUUGACAUUGGAAGUGAUGAUAGACCUAGACAUCCUCACAAGAUCAUAAAAACUAAAGUCUUGCAUAACCCUUUUGAUGAUAUAGUUCCAAGAGACAAAGUCAAGAAAACCAUUGAGUCUGAAAAGAAAAAGAAGAAAAGUCAAUCAAAAGCCACUAAAAACUUUAAUCUGUUGUCCUUUGGGGAGGAGGCAGAGGAAGAUGAGGUUGAAGUCAAUGUAGCCACAAAGCAUCUUGGUCAGAAGAAAGGGGGAAAGAGCAGCCAUGAGCUUACAGAUGAUCCAAAACUCAGUGCCCAGCCUGCUAUGGAACUUGUGGAGCUUGAUAUAGAUAGGGAUCAGAAGAGAAAGGCAAACUCUGACAGUGAUGAAGAAUCUAAAGCAGAAAUGAAGGAAAUGAUUAAAAAGAAAUUGAAGAAAGACAAAGAAGAAAUGAAAAAAGAAGAGCCAGAGAGAAAAACUCACACUAGAAGUGAAGAACUGAGAGAGGAAGUGAGGCAGUUACAAAAAGAACUGAGUAAAGCAAAGAAAAAGAAACUGAAAUCACAAGAUGAAUCACCAACAAAAAAAGAGGAAGAGUCAUCACAACCAACUCAUCCCCUCAAGAAUGAUCCUAUGGCUGAAUUCCGGGAGCAGAGGAAAAAAUUCAAAGAAUUGAAAAAAUCCCAGGCUAGGAAGGGUGCAGGAAGAGAGGCUCAAACUAUGGCUCUACUUUCCAAGUUUCAAAACAAACUACAUGCUGCAGUUGAAGCAUCCGAGGACCAGGAAGAGGAAAAGUCUGGAGAGGAAAUAAAGGAUACAGAUGAUUCUUGGUUAGCCCACAAACUUGUAUGUGACACAAAAGAUGGUAAAGUAUUGGAUGCAAAUGUUGAUGACUCUGACCGUUAUGAGAUCUUUGAUCCAAGAAAUCCAAUGAACAAAAGGCGCAGAGAAAGUAAUAAAAAGUCAGAAGCAAGUGGAGGGAAAAGGAAGUAAGCUGUUCAGGUGUUCACUGUUGAUAAUGGAUUAUUGCAGAAAUGUCUUGUCCACUCAAGGAAGAGGAAUUAUGAGAUUGUAACAAUGGUGAAAAAGACUUUGAAGUAAACAAUGAAAUUUUAUGUCCAUUUCCAUCAAAAUGCCUUUAAUGAAAUUUUUAUUAUUGACCUCAGUUCAUAUAGAUGUACAGUAAAACCUGUCUUAAUGAACACCUCUCUCUAGUGAACACCUGUCCCUAGUGGACACCCUUCCUAUGCACAUAGUCCACUGACUUCUGUAUAAAUUACCCUCUCUCUAGUGAACACCUACCUACAGUGAACGUUUUUUCUUGGCAAAAAAAUGUUCACUAUACACAAGUUUUACUGUAUCAUGUAGUUCACAAUAAUAUUAUGUAUUAAUGAUGGAUUAAUUUGUCUGAUGCUUUUAACAAAUGGCAUGAAACCUAUAAUUUCAGUAUGAACAAAAACUUUGCAAGUUGAAUUGUGCUCCUUUAAUAAAACAUUUUACAAUGCUUUGCUAAUAAGAAAAUGGUUUGUGUAUUUAAUAUUUGAGUAUAUAAAGAAUCUUAUCCUAUGCCAAGUAAAGUUUUAGGGAGAUAAGUUGGUAAGAUAUAUCCCGUAUCCUGAUUUUGAGUUUUCCAUAUCCAGAACCUCCAUAUCUCCCGCCAUAUCUCCCGCUUCGGUGCAUAUCUUCCCGCUUCGGUGCAUAUCUUCCCGCAUGACUUUGCAUAAGAAUGAUUUGAUUGUUUUUACACCUUGUACUAUUGAAAUGGCCAUAUGCACCUGAAACUCUACUUGGUAUAGGAUAAAGCAGUUAUGUACGGUCGGUUUGGAUAUUGGGUUCAUCCCUCGUGAGAUAUGCAUAUCUACCUUCGGUCCCUCAGGUAGAUAUGCAUAUCUCCCUCUGGAUAAACCCCAUAUCCAAA